AUGUCUUUCUGGGACAUCCCUGGCAUGAAAGCGGGCGUCGUCACCGGCGACCUCGCAUGGGCCCUGCUCCAGCAUGCCAAGGAGCACGGCUACGCCAUCCCCGCCUUCAACUGCACCAGCUCGAGCACCAUCAACUCCGUGCUGGAAGCUGGGGCUUCUCUGAACAGGCCGGUGAUGAUCCAGUUCUCCGAGGGGGGCUCCGCCUUCGUAGCGGGCAAGAGCCUGCCCAACGAGAAGGGCAAGCUCCAGGCGUCGAUCCUGGGGGCCGUGGCGGGCGCCCACUUCGCCCGGGCAGUCGCUCCUGCCUACGGCAUCCCUGUGCUCGUGCAUUCCGACCACUGCGCCAAGAAGCUGCUGCCGUGGUUCGACGGCAUGCUGGAGGCAGAUGAGGCUUACUUCAAGCAGCACGGCGAGCCUCUCUUCUCCUCGCACAUGUUGGACCUGUCCGAGGAGCCGGAUGAGGAGAACAUCGAGAUUUGCAAGAAGUACCUCACGCGCAUGGCCCCGAUGAAGCAGAUCCUGGAGAUGGAGAUCGGUAUCACCGGCGGCAUCGAAGAUGGGGUGGACAACUCGGGCGCAGCAAAGGAUAAGCUGUACUCCACCCCUGAGGACGUUUGGGCGGUGUACGCGGGGCUUGCUCCGAUUUCACCCCAUUUCACCAUUGCCGCUGCCUUUGGCAACGUGCACGGUGUGUACAAGGCAGGCAACGUCGUCCUGAAGCCGGAGCUCUUGAUGGACAUGCAAAAGUACGCCAGCGAGAAGCUCAAGGCGCAGGGCCAGGAGGUGGCGCGGCCGCUGAACUUCGUCUUCCAUGGCGGCUCCGGCUCUGAGAAGCAUCACAUCACUACGGCGCUUGGCGCUGGCGUGGUGAAGAUGAAUGUGGACACCGACACUCAGUGGGCUUACUGGGAAGGGCUCUUGAAGUUUUACAAGGCCAAGGAGGGCUACUUGCAGGGGCAGAUCGGCAACCCAGAGGGUGAGGACAAGCCCAACAAGAGCUUCUACGAUCCCCGAAAGUGGAUCCGCGAGUGUGAGAUGACCAUGGUGAGCCGCGUGAAGGAGAGCUGUGCUGACCUGCAGAGACUGUGA